UGACCUUGGGGUAGGUGGGUGGAGACAACUCGCUUUACAAGAAGCAACUUUUACGAACUUGAGGCCGUGAGCGCGGGAAAGGACAGCUGGAACGGCAUCCAUAGGUGGCUCUUCAGGAAAGGUCUGUGAGGCCAAAUGGACCCCAUGGAACUGAGAAACGUCAACAUUGAACCCGACGGGGACAGCAGCAGCGGAGACAGUAUUCAGGACAGCUAUACCGGGAUGGGAAACUCCGAUAAGGAAGCCAUGGGCAGUCAAUUUGCUAAUGAAGAUGCCGAAAGUCAGAAGUUCCUGACAAAUGGGUUUUUGGGGAAGAAGAAGCUGGCCGAUUACGCGGAUGAGCACCACCCUGGAAUGACUUCCUUUGGAAUGUCCUCAUUUAACCUGAGCAACGCCAUCAUGGGCAGUGGGAUCCUGGGCUUGUCCUAUGCCAUGGCCAACACGGGGAUCAUCCUUUUUGUAAUCAUGCUGCUUACCGUGGCGGUCCUGUCACUCUACUCGGUUCACCUUUUGCUGAAGACAGCCAAGGAAGGAGGGUCUCUAAUCUAUGAAAAAUUGGGAGAGAAGGCAUUUGGAUGGCCUGGGAAAAUUGGAGCCUUUAUCUCUAUUACAAUGCAGAACAUUGGAGCCAUGUCAAGCUACCUCUUCAUCAUCAAGUAUGAACUGCCUGAAGUAAUCAGAGUGUUCAUGGGACUUGAAGAGAACACCGGGGAAUGGUACCUUAAUGGCAACUACCUCGUCUUGUUCGUGUCCGUGGGGAUUAUCCUUCCGCUCUCUCUCCUUAAAAACUUAGGCUACCUUGGCUACACCAGUGGAUUUUCCCUCACGUGCAUGGUGUUUUUCGUCAGUGUGGUGAUUUACAAAAAAUUCCAAAUACCCUGCCCUCUGCCUGCCCUGGAUCACAACAACGGGAACCUGACAUUCAACACCACGCUUCCGAUGCACGUGAUCACGGUUCCCAACAACUCGGAGAGCACGGACGUGAACUUCAUGAUGGAUUACGCUCACCACAACCCCGCAGGGCUGGAUGAGAAGCAGGCUGCAGGCCCCCUUCACACCAACGGUGUGGAGUACGAAGCCCACAGUGGUGACAAAUGCCAACCCAAGUACUUUGUAUUCAAUUCCCGGACUGCCUACGCGAUUCCAAUCCUAGCGUUUGCUUUUGUCUGCCACCCUGAGGUCCUUCCCAUCUACAGCGAGCUAAAAGAUCGGUCCCGCAGAAAGAUGCAGACGGUGUCCAAUAUUUCCAUCACAGGGAUGCUCGUCAUGUACCUUCUCGCUGCCCUCUUCGGCUAUCUAAGCUUCUAUGGGGAAGUUGAAGACGAGUUGCUCCAUGCUUACAGCAAAGUCUACACAUUUGAUACGGCUCUUCUCAUGGUCCGCCUGGCAGUCCUGGUGGCAGUGACACUGACCGUGCCCAUCGUCCUGUUCCCAAUCCGUACUUCGGUGAUCACACUGCUGUUUCCAAGAAAACCCUUCAGCUGGCUGAAGCAUUUCGGGAUCGCUGCAGUCAUCAUCGCACUCAACAACGUCCUGGUCAUCCUCGUGCCUACCAUCAAAUACAUCUUUGGAUUCAUAGGGGCUUCUUCUGCAACUAUGCUGAUUUUCAUCCUUCCGGCGGCGUUUUAUCUCAAACUCGUCAAGAAAGAACCCCUUAGAUCACCCCAAAAGAUUGGGGCUUUGGUCUUCCUUGUGACUGGAAUUAUCUUCAUGAUGGGAAGCAUGGCGCUCAUUAUACUCGACUGGAUUUACAACCCUCCGAAUCCUGAUCAUCACUAAUCCGGGGGAGAUGCUUUUCUAUUGCAAGCAACUGAAACUGUCUGAAGGACAUUUUAGUUGUCUUGAUUGGGAUGUUAGUCUGAGGAAUUAACAAGAUUGCAAAGACGUUUUUCUAGCUCUAUCCUAUGAUACUUGUGGAAGAGAAAAUUAUGGGGUUUGUUGGCAAUGGUUUUGUUGGGAAUGGUGAAGGAUGCAUUAAAAUUCUGUGGCACACAUUUUAACCCAGGCCGUCCAGUGCAGUGUGUGAUGCCCGAGUUGUGUUUGCAGCUGUGCAAGCUGAAUCCUGUUGGCUGUGUGUCUUGGUCGGCAGAUAAUAGCGUGUCCCCCGUGCUCACUCCACAUCUCACUACCACAGGUUAACAGGUAAUUCUACUCUCAGAACAUCAGACAAAGAUAUCCUGGUUGGUUGGUGAAGCUGUCAUCCCUUGCAGCCAUCUCCCACUCUACACCAAUACUAAGGGUCGGUUGACUGGCUGAGGCAGGGGGAUGUCUUGGGAGCUGUCCCUGUGAGGAUCAUGAAUGAUGGAUGCCAGUAUGGAGUACUUCAUUUCAAUACUCAAGGGGUAGUUUGCCCAACCUGCUUAUUACACCGACUUAGUGACUUUUUCAUUCAAUUCUUUUUGUAUGGCAAGUGUUCAAACAUCUCACUAAACAUAGAGGGGGGUUAUUUAGUUAUCAAGAAACAACUACCCAAAAGUAAUGCUUUUUAACACCUGCCUUUUCACGUUGUUCCUGAUAUCUUUGUCCCACUUUGUCUUUGAACAAGGCUUCCCCUCUCGUCUUCCGUUCUCACUCGUAAUUUUCAGAAGACCACAAUCCGUGUGGAGACAUGCUGUCCAGUAUUGUCUGAUACAUUUCUGUUCGAUGAGCAUUCAGUGCAGGAAACUGUGAUUUUGCUAUGUGUUUGUGUACAUAAUCUCAUUCUGUAGUUAUCAGAACGUUGACGUAUGGUACAUUGGAUUUCUAUUUUUUACAUAUGUAGUUUUCUUUCUUCACAGACAAAACAUUUAUAUCAUCGGGGUGGGUCAGGGAAUUAAGCUGGUGGGCUCAAAAAUCCACUGGUACGUAUCUAUCUGAUGGAGACAUCUAAAAAUUAAAAUUAAAGUUGUGCAUAGUUCAGUAAUGCGCUUCACUGUUUACAGUACUAUAAUCAUCUACAGCAAAGUGGCAAACAAAGGAGCGCUCCUCAUUUGUAAACGAUUUUCAGUGCUAACAACAGUCUUUGAAUUUAACGUGUCUAGAAAAGGGUUCAGUUCAUUUUAGCUCACAGAGGAAUUUGGUGACGUUCAUCUGCCAUUAAUAGGACAUCAUGUGGUUAGGAAUAAAUGCACCAACAUGAUCCAAAAACACAGACUGCCAAUCUUGUUCACAUCCAUGGAUGCUUCCAUAGGAUAGAGUUCAGUUUCUACUCACUGCCUAGAAUUUCUGGCAUUGACUAUUUUUUUUUUCAACUAGUAGUUGUGCAUUUUACAUUUCAGUAAAAAGCCAAGUCUGAAAUGCAAGUAUCCUGCAGAUAGCGAUAAUACUGUCAUACCUAAACAGGGUUCUGCAUUAUGUCUAAGAAACACAAUGUGUCAUUUUCUGGGCCUUAAGAUUAUAAAAUGGUGUGCUUUGUGAUAGAAAUUGAAUAGAAUAGAAACUAUUGUAACUUCUGAGUUAUCAUUUGGGAGGAAAAAUAAUCACCAAAUAGGAUCUUUCAGAUGUCUUUCUAUUUUCAUUCAUCCAAGAAAUAAACCAAGAUAGAAAGCAGAAAGGGUAUGUUGCAAAUAUUAAAUAUGUUUCAUCUGAACAUAUUAAAUGUGAUAUAAAAGAUUAAUCCAAAAAUAUUGGGAACCUGUAAAAUCUGUACAUAUUUAGGAUCUUUUACAUUUAGAACGACUAACUUGGAAGCAUCCACUUGUGUAGUUAGAUACAUAUUCAAGAGCAAUACCACAGUGCCAAAGACGUCACACAGUGCCACUCAUCUGUGUGGCCAUUUUCAUGAUUAGAGUUCACACAGGCUGCAGGGCAGAUAUGCACAGUACCCUUUUCUGGUAAAUUUAACCCAUUUGUAAACAGAUACAAACUUUAUUUUCUUACAUCAUUUAUAAGAUGGUUCAAUGUAUUGGGAGGAUUUUUUUUUACUACAGAAUGUAUAUUGGUAUAUAAUAAAUAAACUUUUCAAAUGA